UUGUCUCUCCCCGCAUUCUCUCUCUCUCUCUCCAUAAAUACCUGCCCCCCUCUUCCUCACCUUCCACAUCCUACAUCUCUCUCUCUCUCUCUCUCGGUCUCUCUACACACGGCGGGUCUUUUGUUAGAAUGGCAAAGGAAGUUGAGAAAACAGUAGUAACAGAGAAGUUCUCAGCCAAGGACUACCACGACCUGCCUCCAGCUCCGCUAGUGGACGUGGUGGAGCCGACAAAAUGGUCGUUCUACAGAGCUAUCAUUGCAGAGUUCAUAGCCACACUUCUCUUCCUCUACAUCACCGUCCUCACCGUCAUCGGCUACAAGAGCCAGAUUGACCCCAUCAAGAACCCUGACCAGUGUGGCGGUGUCGGCAUCCUUGGCAUCGCAUGGGCCUUCGGCGGCAUGAUCUUCGUCCUUGUUUACUGCACCGCCGGUAUUUCUGUAGUGUUGGAGAAAAUAGAUGAGCAAGAAGGUUUCAAGCUGUUUGGGACCACAGAUUCUCGUGAACCUGAAAAUGCAGUAGAAAUACUCGAGCAAAGGGAGCAAAAGGUCUUAUUUCAUGAAUCCACUGAGUUGGGAAGAGCAAGCAACUUGCGCAAAAGUUUAGAUUGGGAUACUGCUUUUUUCACCAGUGCAGGACUUCUAGAUCCAGAAGAGUUGUUUAUUAUAAAUAAAGGAUUUGAGAAGGUUGAAGCUCACCUAUUACCCGUAACUCAAGAAGAUCCGUGUACGUGGAGAUAUGCACACUCAGAAUCGACAUUAGAUAGUGAUGACCUCUCUUUGGACAGCAACCAAAGCACUGAGGUUGAUUUGUUUGAAGAUAUAAGAGCAUCCAUUGAGAAAUCCAAUAUAAUGUCCAAUAUUUGCAAGUCAGUUUGCAAAUCAGGAGUUGGAGAAGCCCACAAACGGGAAACCCACUCCUUGAAGAAACUUGAUGACAUCUCUCGAAAUAGGGUGAAAUCCACACCAACUUCUAGAAGGCAAAGCGUCUAUAUGCAAGGAUCAAAAAGAGUUAAGGAGGUUGUCCAUCCACAAAUCGUCCAGGAUGCUGAAAAGAAUGGUGAAUCUAAUUCACUUCCUCACAAGUCACCCAAGAUAUUAGGCAGGAUGAACAUGGUGUCAGCAGGACAAAGAAAAAAGAUUUCCUUAGGUGCGGACCAUGUCAAAAUGGGAAAUAAAGUUGCAACCCUGGGAUCUGGUAAGAACAAUCAUAUAAUUUAAAAGUUCCUUUCUUCCAAUUCCAAUGGAAUUGACAUCAAAAUGCAUUGACUGUUACAGGAAAAGAUUUAGUAUCCAAGAAAUCUGGAUUGGGGAACUCAUGUUGUUCCACUAGCUCUACAACAUCCCUUGAAUCAUCUUCUUCAGUUUCUGUCACUACCAGUAAUGAUUCAUCAGCUUCUUGUUCUCCAUCUGGUAGUGCUUCGUCGUUGAAAUCUUCCUCAAACUCGAGAAGAAAAGCAGAUUCCA